AAAAAUAAAAGACUGUGCGAAUUAAUUAUUCACCUAAAUAAAUAGUAAUUAGAAAUAGACUAAAUCUAAAGAGCGAAUAAUAAAAUGGAAUAAUAUUUAACUAAAUAAAAUAAAUAUUAAAGUGAAAGCAUGCAUUCCUGCUAGAUAAAUACUACAGAAGAAUAAAAAAAAAGCUUUCCUGAAAGCAAUUAAAUUCAAUCUGAUUAUAAGGAAGGUUUCUAGUCUGUAUCUCAAAAGCUUGAUUCCAUUUUUAACAGAUUAGAUACCGACUUAAAUCAAAAAAGUGUACGCUUGCUAAAGAGCAGAUAUCGUCAUCCUAUUAAUUCUUGCUAAGGUUCAAAAGUUAUAGAAAGUUGUCCUCUUAAUGGUAAUGGAGAUGAAAGCGAAAAUAGUUUUGUUAAUUCCACUUAUCAAAAAACUGAUAAAAGUGAGCAGAGUAGCCAAAAUAAUUGUCAAAAUAAGAAAGUUAGCUUCUGUAACUAAAACAAAGCCACAUUUAAUAAUAGCUACGAAAAGGAUACAAAGGUAUAAUUUUAAGGUAAAUAAGAAGUAAAUGACUCUAAUUUAGAUACUUCUUAUGAAUUUUCUUUUGAUGAGGGCAAAAAAAAAUGUAAAUCAAUUUUGAAAAGAUCACAGACAUACGAAAUAAAGUCAUAAAAAGCUGAUGAUGAAGAUGAUUAUGGAACAAACUAACUUAAAUUAGACUUUUGCGGAAUAGAAAAAGAAAGAGUUGUUUAAUACUUGCUUGAUAAUGAAACAUGUAAUUCAAAAUGUGUUUAAUAAUAUUUUUUCAGUGAGAUGGUAACUAAAAUAUCGAGCUCUGGAUAAACAUCUGAGAGGAUAAUUUUCAUCACCCGUAAUUCCUUUUAUGUGUUAUAAGAUAUUUAUAGUUAUAAGCAUAUUUAAAAGUUUGAAAUUUCUGAAAUCAGCAAAAUAAUAAUUUAUUCACAAUAUAAAAAUAUAUGCUCUAUUGUUAUAAGUAACCAGUUUUAAUUAAAUCUAAAAAUCAACCAUUUAGAUCAAUUUACAUAAUUCAUUCUGACAAUUUGUAAGGACAUCUUAAAAGCGUCAAUCCCUAUAAUCUAUAAUUAGAAUUCUUUACAGCCUAAUAUUAAUUAAAAUAAUAACAUUAAAUCAAAAACUCAAUCAUCAUUUUUCAAUAACAAAACUAAAGAAUUUUACAUUUACAUCUAGAAAAUAACUAAUAAUAUUUAGCAUGAAGGCUCUUAAAUGCUUGGCUUAAUUUAGUUUAUUUAGAAUGGAAUUUUUAUAAUGGGAUUGGAUAAAUCUUAGGAAUUAAAUAGACUUACCUAGGUAUAGCCCUUUUAAAUAAACUAAUAAUAAACAAGCGUAAUCUUUAAAUCUAUAAAAAACUAAGAUCAUCUGUUCCUUGUUAAACUAAAAGACAAUUAAAAUUUUUAAAUAUUUGUAAAUCAGAUUUAAAACAUAUGCCAGAGUUAAACUAACUGA